AUGUAUUCUCAACUACAGAAGCCAAACGAACAUGUGCUACGAUUCAUGCCGAGUUUGCACUAUCUCGAUUUGAGUUAUAGUAAUUUGCAAGUUAUGUGUCUGUAUUUGACGCUCUCAUUGCUUUAUAUAGUACUAGAACGUGACGCCUUCAUAAUGUUUCCAGCCAUGGAAUUACUUGAUUUAAGUUACAACUUUAUUAGUAAAGUUGACUGGGAAGCAUUCCGCUUAUAUCGUCUUAAGCAACUUAUCAUUGCAAAUAACAAUCUUACUUUAGAAGUGCUUGAUUUGUCAUACAAUGACAUCAAAAUAAUUCCGAGUGCUGAUCUGAGACAACUUGUCGGUUUACGCGUUCUUAGAAUAGGCGCUAACCACUUUAAACGGAUUGCAAACUCUGAACUUAAACAUCCCAUGCUGCAUGAGAUUGAUUUAUCUUAUAGUUCUAAACUACGUGUUUUGGAACAGUUUGCAUUUUCUCAAAUACCAAAUUUGCAUACUGUCAAUCUAAGCUACUCCAAAUCACUCACUUAUCUAUCACCACGUGCUUUUAUCAAGAAUACUAUGCUUUAUAGCGUGGACUUUUCGCACUGUGCGCUAGAAGUCCUGCCAGAUGAAUUAUUAUCCACGGUAUCACAAGGCUUUUUUGAUCAUAAUCCUCUACGCUGCGGCUGUAUCAUUAAGUCCAUUACAAAGGAUAUAUCCCAUCUUCGCAAUUUGAAACAAACUACCUGCUUGUCUGCAAGAGGAAUUUUAAGGAGUAUAACAGCCCAUGCAACAUGGACACUUGAAGAAUGUCGUCCAGAACCCAUACUGCCAUUUGGUGAAUUGAUGGAAGCCACAAUCGGAGAACAGUGCUCCAUUUAUUGCGCAUCACGACAGCCAUCUGAUAGCUUGUUAUGGAGACUUCCAAAUCGAACCGAUAUUCCAACUAGAAAUUAUUUUACAAAUCCAACAGAGGAAAUAAAUUCAAACGAUAUCAUGUACUCCCAUCACCUUUCUACAUAUCGUCAAUUUAAUUUCAAUCAGAAGGCGACAAAUGUGGUACAGCCACGUGUAUGGGCAACAAAUGAACAAAUCUGGUUAGAUGUUGUGUUAGCAGAAGAUGAAGGCGAAUAUCGGUGUACAGUCAAGCGAGAGCAACAUUUUGUUCACCAAACUAUACAUUUAAAAGUGAAGGAACCUGCUAUCGCUUUUUAUGUCAUCGAAGUUGGCUCACAUUAUGUUACGCUGGCAUGGAAUGCAUCAUUACCUGUACACGCUAAGGAUCGAGUUCAUUUUUUUAUAGCUGUACGUGACGAAUACGGAAUGAAUAGCAGGACGGUUCAACUAUCGCUAUACAAUCCAUGGCAUAAUUAUAAAAUUAUGAGGCUUAAAGCUGCGGAAAAUUAUACUUUCUGCUUGUGUUAUGCAUUGGUCAGUGGUAUGCAGGAAAGUAUUGUUGACAAAGUGAUUUAUGAGACAUGCUUGCAGCAGCGUACUGCUUCUAAUUUAUCAUUUAUUGAAUCUAUCAACUUGUCCACCUUACUUAUCACCAUUGUUAUCAUGCUACUUUUCCUUUCAUUGGUUUUCUUUCGAGUUCUACACACGCGUUUCCAUGUAUGGCAGCUGCAAAGACAUAAGUCAAGAAUAAAUCAAAGUAUCAGCGGACGAAUUUUCAUGUUAUCGACAUCAAAUAGUAUUGAUCCAAUUGUCACAACUUACGAAAAUCAGUUGGAGGUUAAUAACAAACAAGAAUUAUCCUUAUUUACUUAUUGCAAUACGCCCUUUCGAGAUUGCAUAGCACGAUGCGCUAAAUAG